AAGGAGCACAUAAAUACAAGGGUAUACAAGGAGACCCGACUAUAAAUUCUGCCAGAUGGUUGUGCUGUUGCGCUUCGUUUUAUUGCGAGGAGUCAAAUAAAUCAUUUGAAAAUUUAGAAAUAAACUAAAAUAUUACGAUCCGAGUGACUGGCUCCAAGGUUUCAAGAAAACUUUCCGGAAUAUCGGACAUUGGAGGAUUGUUUACUGCGUGUGGAUUACGCAUUAUUUCAUACCGUUGGACACUUUGGACAGCCGUUGGCAAGUAACGCAGUGUAAUCUGUGUAACGCAGCACUGUGCAUUGUUUGAGAAAGAUGGAGAGCGAUUACGAUGACGACCGUAGUGGUUGGGGAGACGAGAUGAAUCGGAGCAUUGAUGAAUGCAGUGGGGAAGAUACAUUUGAUAAUCCACAGGAAGUUUUGAACGAGUGCUUAGAUAAGUUUAAGACAGCUGACUAUAUAAUGGAGCCUGGCAUUUUUGCCCAACUUAAAAGAUACUUUCAAGCUGGAGGAAAUCCUGAACAAGUUAUAGAAUUGUUGUCCAAAAAUUACACAGCUUGUGCACAGACUGCAAAUCUACUUGCAGAAUGGUUGAUUCUUGCUGGCGUAAAGGUCACUGAUGUUCAGGCAAUGGUGGAAAACAAUUUGAAGGAUAUGAUUCUUAAAACAUUUGAUCCUAAGAAAGCAGACAAGAUCUUUACAGAGGAGGGUGAAACUCCUGCCUGGUUGACGGAAAUGAUACAGCACCCUACCUGGCGAUCCCUUAUUUAUAGACUCGCAGAGGAGUACCCAGAUUGCUUAAUGUUAAAUUUCACUAUCAAACUUAUAUCCGAUGCUGGAUUUCAAGGUGAGAUUACAAGCAUUUCAACUGCAGCUCAGCAAAUUGAGGUUUUCUCGCGUGUGUUGAAGACUGCAAUAGCUGGAUUUCUUCAAAAUACAGAAAACUGGCAGUCCAGCAUACAAGAGUGUGCAAAAAUGGUGUGCCACGGUCAACACACCUAUGUGUACAGUCAAGUCUUGUUGCAAAUUCUUGCACAAGAAUCUCGCGGCGGUUUCAUGAUGAAAAGACUUUCCCAAGAAAUCACAAAGUGUGCACAACAAAAUCGACAUGAUGUCACCCCAAUAACAAUGGCCCUGAAUGGCGCUGCUAGCAGUCCUGGAGCAUGUCAAGCACUAGCUUCUAUGUUAUCAAGGAAUACCUUAAAUCCUGCUGAUAUCACAGUCUUAUUUAGAAAUUAUUCUGCAGCAGAGCCACCUCCUAUUGAACUGUUGCGCAAUCCACAAUUUUUAGAAUUACUGGUUGAUGCACUUUUUAAGCCCGGUGUAAAGAUAAAUCCUGAACAUAAAUCAAAGUACAUAUAUUUACUGGCUUAUGCAGCAAGUGUAUGUGAAACAACUGUUAAAAAAAGCAACACUCGCAAAAUUAAUAAGGACGAAUUGAAAACGACUAUCCAGGCAAUCGAGAAAGUACAUAACAUAUGUAAUAUAAACAAAGGAUCGACUGAGCUAAUAGCAGAGUUGCACACUUUGUAUCAAAGCAUACGAUUUCCCGUUGUAAGUGUAGGUGUGAUACGAUGGGUAGAGUGUACUGUGACUGAACCAUCAUACUUCAAAUUAUGUACGGAGCAUUGCCCUGUGCAUCUUGCCUUACUGGACGAGGUUGUAGUUUGCCAUUCUUUGUUACAUCCAAAAAUACUAAGAUUACUUGUGCAGUUAUUUGAAAGUAAGCAAGACGAAUUGGAGAUACUUGUACAAUUGGAGAUGAAAAAGAUGUUGAUCGAUAGAAUGGUGAACUUGUUAAGCAGAGGCUGCGUAGUACCUGUUGUGUGUUAUAUUAAACAAUGUUGGCAACGUGGAGAUACAGAUGUAUCUUUAAUUAGAUAUUUUGUUACCGAGGUCCUGGAAGCGAUAGCCCCUCCAUAUACAAGUGAAUUUGUACAAUUAUUUUUGCCAAUGGUAGAAAACGAAGAGAUUACUGGAACUAUGCGUGGAGAAAGUGAAAACGAUCUGGUUUCUGAAUUUAUUGUACACUGCAAGACACACUGCCCUGUUGGGAGAUGACGUUAUAAAAAUUAAUCACAAGUAGGUGAAAUCAGAAAAGAAACAAGCACAGUGCGAAGAAUGUUUUUAUUUUAUACAGAGACAGAGAUCCUCAUACAUACUUAUGGCUAUAAAUGUAUAUUGGAUGGCUCUUGCAUCCAUCUGUGAUAUUGUCAUCUAGGCAUCUUUUUCUGUAAUAAAAGUAUAUGUAUAUAUAUUAAUGUAGAAAUAUUAUAAAUUUAAAGUGGGUGAGAUUUAUUAAUAAACACACAUAAAGAAAAAAUGUUAAUUGGCCUUAAACAAAAAUUUUAACAUUGUUAUAUUUAUAACUUUAUAUUCAAACGCUAUCUUGUAUAGAGUAAAAAAUAAACUUUAUCCUUAAGUAUAAAAACAUUGGUUUCAUGUUAGAAAUACAACAUAUUGCUUGGAAUUAUGAAGAUAUAAUGACAUAAAUGAUUGUUAGAUCCUUUUAUACACAAUAAGAAGUAAUAGAGAACUGCUAAUUGUAUUAUACACAAUAAUCAAGUUAAAAUAAACACUUUCUGAAAUAA